UAGACAUAGUGAUGCGUACGAUAGAGGAUUUUUGUUUUUGGGGCUUUUGUUUUUGUUUAGCACCUAAACCGCCUUCGCGUGGGAAAGCGAAGCCCAAGAAUACGAAUAACUAACGGAACUCGCUCGCCGACUCAGCAUCGAUGGCGACGGACUCAUAUGGCUCGUCUCCCCUCUCCCCAAACAAGCGUCGCAAAACCCUAUCCGCGACCUCCAAAUCCAAAAUUAAAGACGACGCCAAUCACAAUCAGCAGGAAUCGCAAGAGCAGCAACAAUGGACGGCCAAUUCCCCUUGCAUGAUCUGCUUAUCCGACUGUGGGAAAUCAGUCAGAGGAGAAAUCGAUUGCUGCGACCAUUUCUUCUGCUUUAUUUGCAUAAUGGAGUGGGCUAAGAUCGAGUCCCGGUGCCCCGCGUGCAAGCGCAGGUUCAUCACCAUUCGUAGGCCGUUCAAGGACGGUGUCUUUGCCCCUGAACGCGUUGUCAGGGUCCCACUUCGCGACCAGAUUGAUACUUGUUAUGCAAACACAACUGCGCCUUUUGAACCUUUUUCACAAGUUCAAUGUAGUGUGUGUCAUCAAAUGACAGAUGAGAGUCUUUUAUUACUUUGUGAUCUUUGUGAUUCAGCUUCUCACACAUACUGCAUUGGCCUGGGUUUUACUGUACCUGAAGGUGAUUGGUUUUGCCAUGACUGUACCGUCUGUAGAACUGAACAUAUGAAUAGAGAAAUGCAUAUUGAUUGUGACAUUGAAAAUGUAACGACAACCGCUGAGGAACAUGUUACCAUCCUUGAUAUUGUACGAGAAUCAAGUAGCCCUGUGGCUGACAGAAAAGCUAGAGCAAUCUCUUCAAAUCCAAACCAGUUGUCACCUGCUGUUGCCCCUGAUGUGGAAAACAGUGUUGCAGAGGAAGUAAAUGUUCCUGGUGCAAGAAUGCUUCGUAAUGUUGCUGAAAGAGAAACUCAAUCAGGUGCAAGAACAUUGCAACGAUGUCGCGAUGUGCACAGCCAUAUUCAGGUGCUUCGUAAGAACUGGAAUGCCUUUCGUAAUGGGUCACUGAGCUUCUCUUCUGGUUCAUUCAAAUCUGGCAGCCAAAAGUACCAACGGAACGUUAGUGCAGUAUUGCAUGCUAGAUCAGGUCAACAACAUUCCUUAUCCUCCACUAGUUGUCAGCACUCGACAGCUGAAGAUGCUUUUGCUGGAAGUUCUGUGCAGAACAGAGGCCCACAUGAUAUUGAGAAGGCAUGGAAAAUGAUGAUCAAGGCAAAGUCAAUAGAGAGUGCUCAUGAAAGUACCAGCUGUAGGAAUCAGGUUUCAAAACUUCCUUUGAAGACUGGAAGAGCUUCAAAAGAUGCAACCGGUACAGUGAAAAAUCAACAAUUUGGAGCCAAGGGUCUGGAGAAGCAUAAUGAAUUUUAUUCUUGUAAUAGUGAAAUAGGAAAGUAUCGAUCUCCUAAGUUGGAAAAACAAAAGAAGAGUAGUGUUAGUACUAAGGGGAGUGUAGAGUCUGGUGAGGGUCUCACAACUAAUUCAUCAGGAUCUUUUUUCAAAUCUUCAUUCUCUAGCAACGGAUGGCCUAGUAUUCAAAGUGAUGUCUAUUAUCAAAAUAGUUCUAGGCUGUUACAGAAACAUGUAAAGGGGGCCUCAUCAUAUGGAUCUACUUGUUUGAUUAAUUUGGUUGGGUCAAUACCAGGAGCUUCUGAUUCACUUUAUGCCAAAGCAGAGCUCAGAACAUCUCCUCCCAGGAAGGUUGAUUUUUCUAAGGAAACGGUGAGAAUGGGCAAGGGUUGUACUAAAAGCAAUGCUAGAAAAGAUGAUGAUGCCAAAAGUGAGAUCCAAUCUCUUGUCAAGCUGAACUUGAAGCUCCUAAGCAGAGACAAAAAGUUAGGAGUAUCAGCAUUCAAGGAAAUAGCAAGGCUUGCCACUCAUACCAUCCUGGCCGCAUGUGAUUUAGAGCACCGGAAGCUUGGUGUUCACUCCUUCCCGGUCAGCUCAGUGUGCAGCCACACUGAACAUAUCCAGCAGCUCCACAAGUCCACUCUGAUGCCUAAUUCUUGCAGGGAAUGCUUUUGUAUUUUUGUAAUGGAUGUUGUUAACUCCGUUAUGCUUGAGAAAGUAGCCUGUGUUAACACAAGUUAAGGUCUCUUCCAAUUUGGGUUAAUGCUGCUCAAUUAUUUUUUGAACCCUCUCUUAUGGAAAGAAUAUGUAAUAUUUAUUUUAUUAGUUUUGGGAUGAGUUGUAUAAAUUGAUUCAGCAGCUUUUCUACAAACCUGUUCUUAAAUUAGUCUUUCA